AUGCGUACUUUGUCGCUUCCCGCCCCACGCCUCUGGUAUCAAAACUCAACUCACGGCCGACGUGAAUGCUCGCUCCAUCAUAUCGCAUUCUCGCGAAGCAAUACUGAUGCCCUAAUACACCCGCACAUUCGCAGCUUAGUUACAUCCCUGGGUCUUUAG